AUGGGACUACGCUCCUUCUCGUGCAUAUGCCCGCGGGCCCGCGACCCAUCCACGAAGACCUCCACGAAGACCUCCAAAGCAUCCACACCUCCUAUCCACAUAACCGAUUCAACCCAAAGCACGUCCCCGCCUCAAACAAGAACAAUACCGCAUUCCACAGCCACAACACCCACUCUCCCGACCCCCAACCCUCCACCCAAACCAACAGACACAGACACCGCCUCCGCCACAUCCUCCCACCUCACCCCAAUCCAAACCAUCGCAGUAGUGCUCAGCUCGAUCUUCGGCACGCUCGUCUCGAUCCUCAUCUGCCGCCGCUGCUGGAUCCAGUGGCGGCUGCGCCGGCGGAGGCAGGAGCGGGAGGCUGGUGGGAGUGCGGGCGGGAGUGGGAGGAGCAGUCGGAAGAGUAGUAGAAGGAGUGUUUGGGAGUGGGUUGGUGGUGGUGGAAAGGAUGCGGCGAAGGGUAUGGCGCCUGGUGAUGCAGGUGGUGGUGUUGGUGUUUUGGGAAGUGGAUUUCGACAUCGGCAUGUUGAGAAGGAGGCAGGGAAGGUGAAGCAGGGCUAG